AUGCUGCUCCUAAAUCCAGUGCGGGUCCAAACUUUUGAGGCCAAACUUCUUCCCGGUUCCCGAGACCUUCCAGAGUCAACAGAAUCACCCACAAAUGUGACGAGACCAACGGGGAGCGCGGUGUGCGCCCGGGGGAAGGCUCGGCUUCAGCACGCCCUGUGUCCGGUUGAAGAGCGGGGACAGGAGCAGGGCCGUGCGGAGGACACAGCUGUGGAACUGUGGGACCAGCUCUGUGCAGUGGCGAGCGCAGGAACUGCCUCUGUCAACCCACGGAAACACCGGCUCUUCCUCUGCUGCGUGCCUGGAAUAAGGUCGUGGACUGCGGCACUGCAGUGA